AGGGAACUUUAAUAUUUGAGAACUCACAUUGACAUUACGAUAGAACUUGACAAGCAGUUCCAGUAGCUCAGAAAUACCAAUACUUAUGUUUGAUGAAAUAAUUAAUGCCAUUCUGCAGAUUUAUCCCCUGUGAAACGCAAUAAACAUUUGAAUCUUCGGAGAUGAGUGAUAACAAGAGGAGUCAGUUGGGAAGCGUUUAUUUCUAAAUAUUCAACUGCAAAUUCAGUAACACAAAAAUGAAGAGAAUCACUGAAAGAAUGUUAAUUUUUAGACGGUGGCACUGCGAGAAACAUGACACCCCGCUGAUUCCAAUCCCGGAGGUGAAGAGAUUCAUCUUCGAUUGCAUGAGAGCUGUUGGAACGCCAGAUGAUUACUCUCAGCAGAUGGCGGAGAUUUUAGCAGAUGCUGAUUAUCGAGGACAUUUCAGCCAUGGGAUGAAUAGAUUAGCAAUGUACAUAGAUCAGAUCGAGAAAAAAAUGUGCGACAACAAAGCGAAGCCCAAAAUUCUGAAGGAAUUUGGGGGGACUGCUUGGGUAGAUGGAAAUAACGCCUUAGGAGUUGUUACGGCCAAUUUUUCAAACAAGUUGGCUAUUGAGAAGGCAAAACAGCAUGGAAUAUCUUGCGUUUCUGUUAAAGGGUCAAAUCAUUUUGGAAUUUGUUCCAAAUACGCGGAAGAUGCUUUGAAGCAGGGCUUCAUUCAAUUCAACUGUACCAAUACUUCUCCACUUUCUGUACCAACUAGAGCCAAAGAGGCAUUCUUUGGAACAAAUCCAUUUAGUUUGGGUGCACCAGCUAAAGAUGGGGAUAGUUUUCUUCUUGAUAUGGCCACAACCACUGUCGCUGUUGGAAAGAUCGAAUUGGCUGUGAGGAAGAAUGUUAAAAUUCCCGAUUCGUGGGCAUUGAAUGAGGUCGGGAGACCAGAAGAUGAUCCCGCCAGAGCUAUGAAGAAGCCAAGACUGUCUCCACUGGGAGGUUCAGAAGCCAUGGGUGGAUACAAGGGGGCUGGACUGCUGUUCAUGGUAGACAUACUGAGUGGAAUACUUUCUGGAUCCAAAUAUGGACCGAAUAUAGAAGCCUGGGGAAAACUUACCGAGCCAGCCAAUUUGGGGCACUGCUUCAUCGUCAUCAAUCCAGACUGCUUCGCUCCAGGAUUUCAAUCGAGACUUUCAGAUGUAAUAAAAAAUUUGAGAAAAUCACCACCUAUGGACCCUAAAAAACCAGUGAUGGCGGCUGGUGAUCCAGAGAAGAAUCACAAAGUAUCUGUCGAUAGAGCUGGUGGGGUUCGAUACGUAAGGAACCAGAUGGAAACGUGCGAAAAAUUGGCGAAAAUGUUGAAAGUGAGACCUUUAGGGUCAGUCUUAAAGACGAAUUGUUGAAGGAAGCUUGUAUCGUGUGUGAAUUUAUCAAUUGGGGCUAAGUCAGACAGUUUUGAAUGAAAAAUUUUUGGUAGUUGAGUGUGGAGGCGUUAAAACAAUCUGUGAAAAACUGAAAAUUCUGACGACUUUAUUCUCAUUCUAUACAAACACUUUUUUAUGUUACAAAUGGUAUUUUGUUGCUUCUACAUGUGUUAAGUUUUAUAAUCUUUAUUAGACUAAUAAUAAAUAUUUUUCAAUCUUU